AAAAGAUUCCUCUGUGUAACCUGCCUUCACUUGGACCCAUCCGGCACAACCCACACACACACAGCAGAUUGGAAGGAAUCCAAAGGGUUUGUAAAGGGAGAGAUGCACAGGGCAAGGGCAUGGAACGCUCUUCUAGCCAUCUCCUUACUGCUGGUGACCGGGACAGUUCAGGGCAUCGGUGAGGUGCGGCCAGGCGAGAGGAAAGCGCUGCUGGACCUCCUGGUGCAGGUUAUUGGGGACUCUAACACUCACAGAGAAAGUGCCAAAGUCCUAUCGCGGCGCUACAGUGAGAGGGCAGCUCUGCGCUCUGCCGAUCCGGCGUCUGCCCCCAGGGCCAGCAGUAGGCGGCCAAUAGAAAUAUUUUCUCGCGAUCCCAGCCUAAAAGACAAGUUCAUAAACCAUUUUACAGGUCCAGUGACAUUUUCACCUGAAUGCAACAAACAUUUUAUUCGGGUUUAUCACAACACAAAGGACUGUUCAACACCACUUUAUUACAAAAGAUGUGCAAGGCUGCUGACACGGUUAGCAAAGAGCUCAUUGUGUUCACGACCAUAAAAAGAUACUGGUAUCUCAUUUACUAAAACAGAACUCUGAUCUGCCAAGAAUGUGCCUUGAUUCUACUCCGAGAGAGUACAGAUGUUUUAUCCCACGAUGAUCUGAGUUACUGUUUUCUUCUUGAAUGCAUCUUUUACUUUAUGUUGAACAUUCCAUAGUCAUGUGAAUAUAACAUUUUUCAUUUUUGAAUAUAUUGCCCAGAGCUGAUAAAUACAACUAUUUAUUUAAAUACAUUGUAUAUAAUAUUUACUAAUGAUACACUAAAUAUAUGUCAUAAUCACUUGCAUUGUUUUCCAUUGUAAUUAAAAUAUGUUGCUCAGGCUCAAAUGUUUUUAUUUGCACUAACUUAAAACGGAGAAAAAAAAAAUCUAUGUAAUUGAAUAAUUCUGAGUAAGCUUUAAGGGAGAUGUUUUAUUUUCAGAUGUAAAUAUCUGAUAUUGUAUUAUAAAGCUUUAUCUAAAUAUUGCACAUCAGAAUAAAUGCACAUUGUACUGGCAAAUGUGUAACAGAAGCAAAUAAAGUUUUAAAUAUAUUACUGGAAAACUGCAAUGCAGUUUGAGUGGAAUAAAACAUGUCAAAUUGUA